AUGAACUUGUUGCAGGACGUGACAGCGAUGGCGUUCUCCACGUGCGUAUUCGCUCUAGUGUCAAUGAACCCGAAUACAUUACCGAGACUUGGAAAAUACUGCGAGAGCAAAUUGUGCCAUGUCAAAAUGACUGAUCUACGAGAUUGUGAAAUUCAAUGCGACGACAGAACUCAUUAUCCUCCAAUCCCAAGCGAGUAUGACAGAAUUCCGGGACUGCCAGACAGGGGUUCACCUGAAGUAGAUUCUAUAGAAUCUGAUUUACGACCUCCUCCGAGAGAAUACCCAUCCCGUGAUGAUACCCGUCCUCCGUACGGUGGUAGACCAUUUAACGGCUAUCCCAGACCUGGUAGACGACCUCCGGGAGAGUCCCCAUUCAAUGUAGACCGAUAUUUUGGUAACCCUAAUUUUAGAUAUGAUAGACCAUCGAGAGGUUACAAAAUCUGUUAUGUUACUGGCUAUUCCUAUAAGUACGUAAAAACGCCAAGCACAUGGAAUGAGGCCCGAGCUGCGUGUCGUGCACAUGGUGCGGAGCUGGCUUCAAUUCACAGUAAAAAGGAGAACGAGUUCAUAUACAACUUGGUGAAGAACGAGCGUAAGCAGAUUCGAAACCCUUACAAUACCGUAUGGAUUGGAGCCCGUAGGGGACCGUCCGGUCGUUUUGAGUGGUCUGAUGGAUCUCGUUUCUCUUUCCAGUAUUGGGCGAAGGAUGAGCCGAACAACUACCGCGGCCGAGAGAACUGCGUAUCC